AUGGAUCAGUCCAAUGAGGAGAAAACGCAAGCGGCUUCCAAGGGAACGGCUGAGAAAAAGAGUCAUCAUCGCCGGCAAUCCUCCACCAUCACCGAUGAAGACAUUGAUACCAUGUCCCAAGCCUCCAAUUCUCCGCCACUUCCACCGGCGUCAGCUACAUUGACGCCCAAUUCCCAUCCACAAUCCCCAUCGCUUUACAUUUCUCCGGCGUCUUCUUCUGGCAAAUCUCCCAUGUUGACGAUUGAUACCGUGCCUCGAAGACGAAGCAGCCAAAAAACUUCGUCUGAUUUUUUCAUUCCCUAUGAUUCCGAUGCGAGUGGUGGCAGUUUUGUGCAUGACAAGAGUAGCAAAUCCGAUCUCGCAAGUACGACCUCAUCCGGCUACGGUUCUGCAGGAAGCUCCAGUCGACCCAAACAACACAAACAACACAAUCGGUUUGCAAGUUUUGAUAGCAAUGCCAGUUCGGGAUCCGUUCGCUUUAUAUCACCAAGAUCACAACCAAAGCCAACCGUGAACCCACAUUUGUUGCCAUAUCACGAACGCAAAAAGCUGCAAAAACUUCAGCAACAACAACAGCAACAGCAGCAACCACCCAAUCAACAGCAGCAGCAACAGCAGCAGCAGCAGCAGCAGCAACAACAUCAACAAAAUCCAAAGCAACCACCCAAUCAGCAGCGGGUUCCUCAGCAGGGUCCAUUUCCUCCCAACAUGAUGAUGAUGAUGCCUCCACCACCACCGAUUCCUGGUCAAUUGCAAAUGGAUCCUCAAGCUGCGGCUGCAGCAUUUUAUGGGAUGUAUGGAUAUCCACCACCUGGGGCACCUGGAUUUCCACCGCCGCCACCCAUUCAACACCAGCACCAACAACAUCAUCAACUACAUUCGCCACAGCAGCAACAUCCUCCACAGCAUGCUGGUUUCCCACCAGGCUUCAUGAUGCCACCACCGCCGCCAAUAUCGGCUGGAGGUCAACAACAGCAACAACGAGGAGGACCACCUCCGUUUCUGCAACCAUAUCCAAUGCCGUUUUAUCCUCCACCGAAUUUGCCACAGGUUUUCCCGCAACACCAACAUCCACCACACCCACCACAACCACAACAGCAGCGUCGGUCGAGUCAAACUUCUAUUUCGUCGCGAGAUCGAAUUUCGACUGCCUCGCUUCCCAAAAGUCGACCGCAUCAUGUUCGAACCGACAGUCAUGGAAGCAUGUCAUCACUUGGAAGUACUGGUGGUGGCAGUGACAGUGAACACCAGCAACACCAGCAACAACGCGGGUCGUCGCCAUCUUCUCAUCGUCGUAAUUCGACCAGUUCCAACAACAGUGGACUCGCCUCCGCCGCCGCUGGUAUUGUGGCCAAGAAUCAUAAUAAUCCAGCCCCCAUUUCUCCCUAUCGGUCGUCGUCGUCCAAACCUCGCUUAUUUGUGCCCGGCGUGGACAGUCCAUCACGGUCUCGAUUGAGUUCUCAAGAUAGUCGUCCACCAGCGAGUCGAGGAACUCACAAACGUUUGGCAUCCAUUAACAAUGAUGAAUGGGGAACGAAUGAGAAGGAUGAUAAUAAUAAUGGUGUAGCACCAAAUGCAGAUGCAGCAGCAGCAUCCAGUGAGGAUCUGGGUACUAUUGAUGGUGGUGGUGGUGGUAAAUAUGGUACAACUUCCAUGAUGGUGGAUGAAAACAGUUCCUACAGUGGAUAUUCCAGCAGUAGUGACACCAAUUCAGAAGACGAUGUGAACGAAAAAACAUCUUUGUUACCACCUUCGGGGAUAUCCACCAACGAACAAGAAGCAACUAAUAAUUUGCGAAAGGACAGCCGAACCUCGGGCGGGAAAUACUAUGGACGAAGGUCUUCCGAAACGGAUGCAAAGAAUAAAUCUUCUUCAAAACGAAAUUCAGGAUCAGAUGUGGCAUUGGACCGGCAUAAGAAGAGCGUGCGAAAAAGUCGAAGAAAAAUGAAGAAAUCCCGGCGAAGAGCUGCUGCUGCUGCUGCUGGUAAUGAGGACGACAGUGACACCUCUGAUUCUUCCUAUGACUACCGACGAUGGACCAUGAAGAGAGCCAGAAUGCUGGAAAAGGAGCGGGAGCAAGUACAUCAGCAGUGGAAGGCCGAAUACCUGGCGAAAACGGAACGAGAAAGGGAACAGAAGGAAUACCAACGCUUGCAUCGAAGAUGCUUUCGAUGGUUCGCAAGCUUUGGGUCAAAGGGAUAUCGAUUCAUUACCAACAUUAAUAUGUUCAUUGCAAAUCUUCCAGCUGCAAUCGGAGCUGUUGCCAUGGCAUUUGCGACAUUGGGAAUUGUCUGGUUCAAAUUCACGGAAGAAAACUUGCAAACUUGCGAGCGUGUCCACUUUCACUCGUCCCAGUGUACCUUUCCUGAAUUCCCCGGCUGCUUCUAUUGCGAUACUACUGUACCGAUGUAUAAAGUCGCUGUGAACUUUCACUUUGGCUGUAACGUGGUGGCUGGUACUCUGGCUUUGAUGUUUGUGGCAAAGGUCGUGGUCGCUACCAGAGCUGUCAUUGAUGAGAUGGCAUCGCCAGUUACUGCGAGUCCCGCAGGAUUGUUGUGCAUGACGACCGUUUGCGUAUUUGCUGGUCGUGGACUCAUUGGCCAAGUCAUGGUCUCACUGGCUGCUACUGUCCACCUUGGUCUCGUAAUCUGGUACAUUUACAUUGCUCUGGCGUAUCAAAUCAUGCCGGAACCUACGUGGUUCCCAAAUACAAUCGGUAUCGGUUUGACGGCUGUCAAGACGUGGCUGUAUUAUCCAAUGCCAGGUCAUCUUCUCAUGGCGAUAUCACUUUCAUUGAACAUCUUUUUCUUUCCAAUUAGUUUGAUUCGAGUUGCCAUCAAUGAGAAGAUUUCCGCAACAGUUGGUUGGAUGCAAAUGUCAGCUCCAGCACUUUCUUUGUACGCCCUUACCAUCAUGGCACAACCUUCCUUUGAAGAAGAAAAUCCGGAUGUGACCAACUUUCAGCGAGUCCAUCGAAUGAUCUACUUGCCCUGCAUGCAUUUCAUGUGCGCCCUUUCGUUGAUUGGAUUCUUUGCCAGUUGUCACAGUCUUUGGUCACGAUGGGACGAUUUGAAGAAGAGACCAUUUUCCCCAGCCCACUCGGCCUUUUGUUUUCCCACCCUUUCCCAUGCCAACGCCAUUCAGUCCUACCGAGGUGCCGUGCUGACAUUCAGUGAGGUGAAGCCCCACGACUGGCGAUUGAUCAUCUUGUAUGCCUACUGGUUUGUGGUGUUGCUCGGAGGAACAGUGGCGACUCUUUGGAUUUCGUCCAAGUUUCUAUACAACUUGCCAGCAUGGACCAAUAUGGACUUGGCUGAUGAAGAAGAACCUCCGGCUCCAUCCGAGACAAUCCUAUCGUUGCAAGAAAUGAUUACAGCCGGAGAAACCAUGCGACAGCCAUUUGUCAGUCCCGCGGUUUUGCAAGCGAACGAAACAGGUGCAUUGGUGCUCACACGAACUGGACCGGAAGGUGAAUUGAGGUAUGUCCGAACUCGUCGGCUCCUAGCCUUGGGUUUUGAACCAACAAUGAGAUGGAGCGAGAUGCAGAAGGAACGAGAAGUAUUGCUGGAGUGGGUUGGCAAGAACCCUCCUCGUCGUCGAAAUCGCACCCUCAGCGUUCCUGGCAUUGAUUUCAGUUACGGAUCUUCUUCCUCCAGCGCCUUUGGCACUGACAAUCGAGGAAUUUAUGGUGGCUAUGGCAGCUUUUCUCCGCUUCCUCCAGCGCGGCAUUCUCGAGCCGAUACUGGAUGGUAA